AUGCAGAUAUUUGUAAAAACACUCACUGGUAAGACAAUUACCCUGGAAGUAGAACCAAGUGACACAAUAGAGAAUGUAAAAGCAAAGAUACAGGACAAGGAAGGAAUCCCUCCCGACCAACAAAGAUUAAUCUUUGCAGGAAAACAACUGGAAGACGGAAGAACCCUUUCUGACUACAACAUCCAGAAAGAGAGCACCAUUCAUCUUGUACUGAGACUGAGAGGAGGAGUAAUAACCGACACCGACAGAGUAUUUGUUACAAUGAAGAGGACAAAGCUGCUUAUUUGCAGAGGGUGCUACUCCAGAAACAGCAUCAGAGCCACACACUGCAGAAAGAGUGGUCCAUGCGGUAACUCCACCAACUUAAGACCAAAGAAGAAGCUAAGAAAGACAAAGUAA